AUGCCUGUGACAUACAUUCUUUUUGGGCAGCUUACGGCAACGUUUACUGAGUUCUUCAAGCAAAGCUCUCAAGAGACUGAGGCCGAGUUUCUCCGAGGGGUGAACGAGACAGUAAAGAACAUCACAUUUGUCUUUUUAGUCAAGUUUGUUCUCACCUAUGCAUCAAAUCUUGGCCUACGCUUGACGAGUCUGCGGAUCUCAGCAAACGUCAGAACAGUGUAUCUGCGCUCGCUCUUUAGCCUGCCAAUAUCGACGUUGGAUAUGUUGCCAACAGGCCAAACUGCGUCUAUCAUUACCACAGUGGCAAACAAUUUACAGCUUGGCAUCUCGGAGAGAAUGGGCAACAUUUUUUCGGGAAUCUCCAUGAUUAUCGGAUCCUUGGCCGUUGCAUUCAUGUACGACUGGUACUUGACGCUUGUGACGAGCCUUGGGUUCAUUUGCAUUGCCACAGUUUAUACUCUGGUAACGCCUCGGAUCGCUAGUAUUGUGGCCGCGGUCCUGGAACAAGACAUUAAAGCAAGCAAUGUUGCUUCCGAGUGGUUGACACCUAAUGCAGCACGUGUGCUUGCGGCCCUUGGCGCCAGCUAUAAGAUCGAAGGCUUGUAUGCAAAAAUUGUGGAUGAGGGUCAUCGUAGGGGCAAGACGAUGGGCUCUUUGGUUGCUUUGCAGAAUGGUUUGAUACACUUUUUUGUAUACGCAACAUUCGCACUUGCGUUUUGGGCAGCCUUCGAGAUGUACAUGCUUCUGGAGAUCACCAGUCCGGAACCUCUUAUUGUUGUACUCCUCUCCAACAUCCAGAUGGCGACGUCCCUGAGCCAGUUAUCAACACCCAUAGCCGCUGCAUUUCAAGCAGCAGACGCCAUUGCCAUCUUCCACACCAUCAUCAAGUUUCCCAAGCCCGUUCUCGGCACGUCAAAAGAUGUAUCUCCAUGCGGCGAUAUCACUUUGGAAAAUGUCAACUUCACCUAUCCAGCACGAGCAGACGUCAAAGUGCUUGAUAACUUGACGCUGACGUUUCCCGCUGGGAAGCGCAGUGCCCUGGUCGGGCCCUCAGGCCAUGGAAAGAGUACUCUUGUCGGGAUUAUCCAGAGAUGGUAUGAAUUCGACGGGGAUCCUAUACUCAAUCCCUUUGUUCUUCACUUCAGAAACGGGCUCGUGGCCAUCUCAGGGAGAAAACUCAACGAGAUCGACCCGAAAUGGUGGCGCAACCAGAUCGGGCUCGUACAGCAAGACAGCGCACUCUUUGACACUUCCAUUUACAAGAAUGUCGAGUACGGACUCAUGGGAACUCCUUGGGAGCACGCCAGUAGUGACGUGAAGACCCGAAUGAUUGAACAAGCAUGCAGAGAUGCCUUUGCGGAUGAUUUCAUCUCACGUUUUCCAGAGUCCGGAUCGAAGCUUUCUGGUGGCCAGCGCCAGCGCCUAGCAAUUGCCCGUGCAAUUGUCAAACAGCCAAGUAUUCUGAUCCUCGACGAAGCAACCUCUGCCAUUGACGUUCGAAGCGAGCAGAUCGUACAGGCAGCUCUCGAUCGUGCUAGUCGCGGUCGUACCACUAUCGUUAUUGCUCAUCGCCUGAGCUCCAUACAAAAGGCCGACCACAUCGUAGUCCUGCGAAAGGGGCAGGUGGUGCAGCAGGGAACGCACACAAGUCUUCUGGCUGAAACUGACGGGGUCUAUUCUCGAUUGGUCCUCGCCCAAAAUCUUGAUACAGCUGAGGAAGAAGCUGAUGCUGAGGGAGUGCGCCCGGCGUCGACAACCUUGACAGACACGGAAUGCGUGUCAGAAGAUGAAGCGCAUGUUAUGCAACACAGAGAAAUAUGCAAGCCUUCCGCGGGUAAAGUCGAUGCUGAGGAUGAAAAGGACAUAGUGGAAGGGCGCGUGAAGGUCCUCGGUGAGCCAGUAUCUUUUGGGGUAUGGCGGAGGCUAUGGUCGGUAUUGUACGAACAGUCCUUCCGCUGGAAAGCGUACGCAGUGAUGCUCUUUGGCGCCCUCGCUGCCGGUGCAGCCACGCCGCUGCAGGCCUACCUGUUUGCAGAGCUCGUGUCUCUCUUCUCGUUCUGGGAUGCAUAUCUCUCAGUGAUCGUCAACUUCUGGGUCCUCAUGAUGACCGCUCUGGCCGUUGGUGUCGGAUUUGGCCACGUUGCUCUGGGUUGGUCUACCACCAAGCUGGGUUUCGCCAUUACAAGGGCGUACCGGAAAGAGUACUUUGCCAAUAUGUUGAAGAAACCGGCAUCAUUCUUUGAUAAUGAUAAGAACAACUCGGUUGGGGCCUUGACGAGUCGGCUGUCGACAGACCCUACACAGUUGCAAGAGCUGGUGGGGAUCCACAUGGCCUCCGUCAUCACAUCUUCGAUCAACUUGUUUGGAUGCAUUGCUCUAGCCAUGGUGUUCGGCUGGAAGCUCACGCUUGUGGCGCUCCUGACAACUCUCCCAGUUGUUAUGGGAUCCAUGAUCUACCGGAUGCGGUACGAGAUGGCCCUCGACCAAAUGAACAAAGCCGUUUUUGCCGAGAGUGCUCGAUUCGCUUGCGAAAGCAUCGCGUCGAUCCGGACGGUCGUGAGCCUCACUCUGGAGGACAGCAUCUGCCAAAGAUAUGAGCAGAUGCUGCUAGAACACAUCAAGAAGGCUUUCCACAAGGCCACAGUGUCGGUGAUGUUGUUCUCGUUGAGCGAGAGUAUCACUUUGCUCUGCAUGGCCUUCGUGUUGUGGUAUGGCGGUCAGUUACUGGGUGACCACGAGUACUCCCCGUUCCAAUACAUGGUCGUCUAUAUCGCUGUACUGCAAGGCGGCACAAGCACAGGUCAAUGGCUCAGCCUGAGCCCCAAUAUCUCCAGUGCGACCAGGGCAGCUGAGCGUAUCCUGGCGAGCAGAGAAGACGACGAAGACUCGGGUUUUGACAACGAUAGCUGGGGCCUGGCCGUGGAGCACAGCAAGAAAACUGGAGUCGAUAUCGAGUUUCGUAAUGUCAGCUUCCAAUACCCUACACGCUCUGCCCAGAUCUUCAGUGAUCUCAGUCUGAAGAUCGGCAGAGGGCAAUUCGUGGCGAUCGUAGGACCAUCGGGAUCGGGGAAAACGACUGUGAUAUCGCUCAUCGAAAGAUUCUAUGCGCCACAACAAGGCCAGGUUCUACUCAAUGGCAUCGACAUUGCCAAUUUGAACCUGGAAAGUUACAGGCGGGGGAUCUCGCUGGUGGCUCAGGAACCCAGCCUAUUCAGCGGUACCAUUCGCGAGAACAUCACUCUGGGCGUACACAGCCGAGAGAAUGACCAUGACAGCAGCGCGGGUCUCAUAACCGACAAGGAGGUCCAUCAAGCUGCGCUCGCUGCCGGCAUCCACGACUUUAUUGUUUCUCUUCCCGACGGGUACGAGACCAAUAUUGGUACUGGAGGUCUUGCGUUGUCUGGCGGACAGAAGCAGCGCAUCUCCCUCGCGCGUGCGCUGAUCCGCCAGACUGGCUUGUUGCUUCUCGACGAGGCGACAAGUAGUCUCGACAGUGAAACUGAAGCGCGCGUUCAGGCGGCCCUGGCAGCAACCAAGGGUAGUCGGACCAUGGUCGUCGUGGCACAUCGACUGGCCACCGUUCAAGAUGCAGACGUGAUCUUUGUUCUCGGGUGUAAAGGCGAGGUCGUUGAGCAAGGCACUCACGCUCUUCUCCUUGCUAGGAGGGGAGUCUACUACAACAUGGUGAGACUCGUCAUUCUUAUUUUGUUUUUCUGUGUCCGCGUUUAUUCUGGUCCCUCGAGAUGCCCGCAUGCUCCACAUUUGAAAUGCUCGAUAUCACCUGCUCCUCACCAUAUCGUCUACAGAUGUUGUGAUACUGACCUGAUGAGCAGUGCCAAGUACAGACGUUGGAUCAGGAUCAGGGUUAAGUGGAGAGAUCUCAUUUCCGAGUUGGAGGCGUUCGGAUGA